ACCGUACCGGAUACAAACCGGUACCAAUACAUAGACACUUGCUUCUUUGGAUACGACCGUCUCGAAAAUCUAUACAAAGUAAUGGUCCUACCAAAAUUCCAUAUGGAGGAGGAUCCUUGUCAAGUUUUCACAGUGGGAGAUCCUAUGGAGAAGUCUUGGAGAGACAUCCAAGGCAUUGGACUUCACUUUCCGUUGAAACCUUCGGUUUGCAUCGACGGGGUUAUCUAUUAUCGAGCAAGUAAUAAAUAUCGCGGUUCGACAUAUUUCUUGGUGAGUUUUGAUGUAAGGUCCGAGAAAUUUAAUUAUGUCAAGACUCCGGAAAUAAUGGAUCACCAUUGCACUAUGAUAAACUAUCAAGGCAAGUUAGGAUUCAUGUGUUGCAAGAAGGGUGUAGAAAUUUGGGUUAUGGAGGAUGCUGACAAGAAACAAGACUGGUCCAAGAUUAUCUUUUAUGAGAUGGAGGGUUUUGAAAACUGGCCUAUCUCGGGAGUCACGCAUGGUGGUGAGAUCGUUUUUGUCAAUGCGAUGUUAAAAUGUUACGAGACAUUAUAUGUUUUCUAUUAUGAUCCAAAGCGAAACAGUAUGAGAUGCGUUGAGGUGGAAGGUACAAUGGUGGAGGAUAUAGAGCGUGAACGUAAACAUCUUCUUCUUAUAUGGGCUGUUUCGAAUCUUGUCGAGAAUACAAUGCGCCUGUAGCUUCUUCUCAUACAAAUUAAUUAAGCUGAUCCUUCUUUAUUUAAUUAUGGUUAACUUAUGUUGAACGAAACAUAGGUUAGGUUAGUUAUAUUAAGAUGAAGUUGCUAGGCUGUGUAUCAAUACGUCUGCGGAUUGACCUUUUGUAGUCUUUCACAGUAUCCUUGCGUUGCCUAUAUACGUGAACUGUAAAAAGAUGAUUCAUGUUUCGAUAAAUAUGAUUUUAUUCA